AUGUAUUGUUUUACUUAUUAUUUUCUAAAGGUAAACUUAAACCCUUCUGAUGGGCUCUUCCUUGGGGGGGUGGGUCCUGAUGUACUCAAGAGACCUGACGAUGUACUCGGGGAUUUCCUGAGGUGCGGGGGGAACGGGGAGAUGGGCACCCUGGGGUUGGUAUCCGUUCUCGUCAGCGGUGUAGGUCAGACUGAAGCGCUCACCGUUGGGAGCGGUGUAGGAGUUACUACCUUGGACAGAGAUGGCUUCGGAUUCAGAGCCGACGUUCUUGAGGAGUCCGACUUCCUGGGCAGCGAUACCGUUGCUGGUUUCGAAGGCGUAUUUGUACUGGUCAGGGAGGACAUCAGCGACCUGCUGCACGAUCUGGGCGUCAGCCUCAGGGUUGCGAACUACGUGGGAGACAUCAGCGGCAACUACGGCCACGACGGCGAGGAGAGCUACGAAGGAUUUCAUCUUGUGUGUCAAAGUUAA